AUGUCUCUCCAAUCAAUCAUCUCUUCCAUGAUAGAUGAUGCUCCUCCGGGCAGUAAAAACACACUUCAAAAGGAUUUCAAAACCAUCCUCAACAAUGACAACUCUCGCAAGAUCAUCGCCCAAAACCUCAAACAAUAUCACCUUAACAGAGAUUACAAACUAGUCAAAUUGAACGACGAUGACUUUGGCAUCAUCUCUAAGUUUAACCAAUCAGGGCUCAAGUACUACGAUCCAGUGUUAAAGCUCAAAUUCGACUAUGACUUUGAAAAUUUCAAGGUCAUUGAUGUCGAACCGGUUGUUCAGACUACGCCUUCACCACAAUUGGACGCUUUGAACAACCAAAUUUGCGACUAUGCCCUUCAGCAUUACCCUACUUUCUACAAGGGAAUUGCCGUGGCUGAUACAGAAGAUGCCGAUAUUGUCUACCUCAUCAUAGUCGAUGAGAACUUAAAUGACGCCAACUUUUAUAACGGUAAAUGGCAGUCCUUUUACAGCUUCAACGUUUCCAGUGGAGAGUUAUCUGGGGAUAUCUCCGUCAAAGUUCACUACUACGAAGACGGUAACGUUGCUCUCAAUACGAAGACUCACGUGACUGCGCAUAACGUGACGUAUGAUAACGUCAUGGACAAGAUAUCAAAUGAAGAGGAUAGAUUUGAGAUAACACUACUCAAUAAAUUCAACCAACUAAACGAGGACCAAUUCAAGAACUUGAGAAGACAGCUUCCCAUCAACAAGACAAAAGUUCAAUGGGGAAAAGCCAUUGGUAACUACAACUUAGGAAAGGAUGUUGCCGCUGAGAGAAAUAUUUAA